AUGGCUUCAGCUCAGGCACAGAAUGUUCCAAAGGCCAUGCUCUAUCAUGACCCACAGUCACCGUGGGAGGAGAAAGGCUACGGCGAGGAUGAGAUCGACCUGAAAAUCGUCGACCUGCAGAAAGGCGAGAACUUUUCGCCGACCUUUCUGCGCCUCAACCCCAAAGGCACGAUUCCCACUAUGAUCGUCCCGUUCGAGAACACUCUCGACUCUGUCACCGAGAGCCGUUACAAGGCCGUCACAGAUAUCACAGCUAUCGUUGACCUCCUCGACCGUUCUCGAACCGCCAUCUCCCGCACCCACACCACCUCCUUCGCUCCCGCGCCCUCCCUCUCGCCCGCAACCAUCGCUCUCUCCGAACUCUCUAAAUCUAUCACUGCGCUCCUGCACUCCGCCCCCGCCUCCCCGGAACUCCUCUUCCUCUUCAACGCUCGCGAGACUCCCUCCCUCCGCGCCGCCGGCCCCACACUUCUGCCCUUCCUCCAAGGCCGGUACGAAGCCCUCAAUAAAUACUUGAAAGAGAAUGAAGCGAGCGAGAUCAGGGUGAGCGAGAAGACGAGGGUGUUUUGGGUCGAGAAGAAGAGGACGACGGAGGAAGUGCUAAAGGUCGUAGAGGCUGCGGGCAAGGGAGAGGAAGAGUUGGGCGAGGAGGAGAAGAGUGCGAGGAAGGAGUAUUUUGAGAAUACGAAGGCGGCUUGGGAGGUUGGGCUAGCCGUUGUGUUGCAGAAGAUUAGUAAGGACCUCGUUGGGCCUUAUGCGCUUGGCGACCAAUUCUCCGUGGCGGACAUCCAUCUCUGCGCCUGGCUCGCUUGGCUCCUCAAGAUUUCCGGGGGUGGCGUCACCGACAGUGGACCCGAGGCCAUCAGGAAGAUAGAGAAGAACGUAGGGGGCGGGUUCUCGCUCCCCAGGGCGUUCAUCACGCCUCCUUCACCGGCGCAAGACGGGAGUACCGAUGCGACAACGCCGACGCAACCGGUGCCGCAGGCGAAGUUGGCGAUCAUUUGGGAUGCGAUCAAGGAGAGGCCGAGUUGGAGCAAGAUUUAUGGAGGUGGGAAGUAG